UUGACGCUAGGUUUGGCGUUUGACGUUUAACUUCCUUUUUUAGAAUAUUCCAUCGAGAAGUAUCUUUAAAAUUUGUUGAAAACUGUGACAAAAUCCCCCCAAAAAACGUAAACUAUGUCUUCUUUAAAUGAUGGGAACGAUAUUUAUUCGCAGAAUUAUGAAAACUCCAGCCGUGUAACAGGUAAUUUUAAACCGUUCUCGUCUCCGUAUCUAAAUUAUGACCCUGGAUAUAUUCCACAAAGUCAGCCGGAAUUUAUUUUCUUGGAUGGCGCCAGUAAACAGAGAGGAAGAUUUGAACUUGCAUUUGGCCAAAUUGGUGGAUCAUGUAUGAUCGGUGCAACAUUAGGGGGAGCUACUGGAUUUUACAAUGGAUUAAAAGCAACUACAUUAGCUGGUCAAACGGGAAAGCUAAGACGAACACAAAUGUUAAAUCAUAUUAUGAAAAAAGGAAGUGCUACAGCAAAUACAUGUGGUUCGGUAGCUGUGAUAUAUUCAGCAUUUGGUGUGUUUUUAUCAUGGGCCAGAGGGACAGAUGAUGACCUCAAUACAAUUAUUGCUGCAACAGCUACAGGAUGUUUAUAUAAAUCAACAGGUAUACUAUUACUAAUGAAUGAUUCAUCUGCACAUAUUAAAAUGGAAAGAAAAAUAAGUGUCUUAUAUUUUACAUAUAUGUGAAUACAGAGUAAACAAAACAUUAUUUGAAAUUACUAUAAAUUGUUGAACAAGCAAGGUCAAAUU